AUGUCUGGAUUUACAGUGGAAAAGCAUUACGGCGAGUGGAUGCUAUCGCGUUGGUAUGACAACAUCCCUGGCCCAGACCGACUGGUUGAAAUUUCCACUUCUUUAAGUGAGCAAGAAGCUUUUGAUCUGGUAAACGCAUGGUCUAAGAAGCUUUUGACUCCUGGGCUCGACCCAGAGAGACUCAACAACAUCACCGAAUCAUUGAUUUCAAGUCACUGGAAUCAAGCUUGUAGGAUGGGUUGCCUUGCAGUACAGUUUACGUACAUCAAUGGCUUUUAUCAUCGCUUUGUGUGGCGGGUGGCGUAA